AUUAUGAUUUUGCAAUUAACGUCUCUUGGUUACAAAGAGAAUGGGACAGGUAGCGGUUGCACUUGUAGCAUCGUUUAUAGCUGUUUAUGUGAAGUUUACUGAAGGAGUAUGCACCGGGUAUUACUACGAUACUUGUAGUUCAUAUGUUUAUUAUAAGGAUAAAUAUACAUCUGCUUGUGGAUGGUGGGGUAGAUGUACAAAAUACAAACAAUCGGGGAAAGCAGAAUACUACCAAUGCCAAAAGAAAUGUCCAACGGUUCAUGGUGGAUGGAGUUCCUAUGGUAACUGGGAAACAUGGGGUAGUUGUUCAAAGACAUGUGGAAGUGGUACACAGUCUUCACGGAGCCUGAGGUACUGUAAUAAUCCUUCACCGAAAAAUGGCGGAAAUGGUUGUUCUGGAUCUAACAGUAAAUCAAAAAGCAGAUCAUGUAAUACAAACACAUGUCCCAUAAAUGGUCAAUGGACUACAUGGAAUCUUUGGCCGAAGUAUGGUCCCUGUUCUAGAAGUUGCGGUUCGGGAAAACAAUCUAGAACAAGAACAAGAACUUGCAGCAAGCCUUACCCGAAAUAUGGUGGAAAGACAUGUCAAGGAGAGUCAACUAUGACUUCCUCACUGAUAUGCAAUACAAAUCCCUGUCCAGUUGAUGGAAUAUGGGGAGCUUUCUCAAAAUGGAGUGAUUGGGGAAGUUGUUCUGUUACCUGUGGGCAAGGCCUGAAAACGAGAUCUCGUUCAAGAUCAUGUGAUAACCCUGAACCAAAAUAUGGUGGAAUGUCAUGUACGGGGAAAUCAGUCACAGUUGAUUCACAGCAGUGCACGGAAGUACAUUGUCCAGUUGAUGGUGGUUGGACAGAUUACAUGUCAUGGUCGAUAUGGACGACCUGUUCAGAAACAUGUGGGUUUGGUAUAGAGAAAAGUUCUCGUACAAGGUUAUGCCAACAUCCGGCAGCUGCGUAUGGUGGAAAACCUUGUGAUGGUGAAAGCAUAGAGGAAAGAAUACAGCAGUGCAAAAUAAAGGAAUGUCCAGGUUACUGUGAAUGUAGUACAGUUGGUGACACUCAUUACAGAACGUUUGAUGGACAAUGGAUAGAUUUUAUGGGCUCCUGUCAUUAUCUAAUGGCCAAGACAGCUCCAGACGAUAUUGCGUGUCAUGUUUCUGUCGUCGUCAUUAAUAAGGCAGCUAGUCAAACUUCAGAGCUUCCUUAUACACGUACCAUAGAAUUUGCAACAAAAGACUACAAGAUUCGUCUUCUUCCGGACAAAGUGGUUUUGGUUAAUGGUACCAAGGUCAGUUUACCAUACAAUACGAAAGACAAUUCAGUUAAGAUAUUUGUAAGUGGACGGUAUGUUCGGGUACAAACCAACUGUGACUUUAUUUUAGAAUGGGAUGGGUCAAAGAAUCUUGAACUUGCAGCACUUGACACCUUUGCAAAACACAUGACAGGCUUAUGUGGAGACUGUGAUGGAGUCAGAAAUGAAAUUAAUGCAAAUAACGACAGUACCCCUACAGAUGACCAGAUGCAAAUCGGAAGGAUAGUUGAAAAAUUUGCACUUACAGAUGAAGCAAAAGAAAUUGGUGACACAUGUGGUGUUUUGUCUGUAAUACCGGCAACCACCAGUGCUAUGAAUGAAAUUGCAAAAGCCCCAGAAUAUUGUGGACAUCUGAUUUUGAAAGAAAAUGGUACCAGUCCUUUUCAAGAGUGUCUUGAAAGUGCAACUAUACAAGCUGAUAAACAUUACAGCAUGUGUGUUUCUGAUGUAUCACUACAUUACAACACAAAUAAUAAUAAUUUGAACAAAGCAAUCUGUGACAACCUGGAAUCGUUUGCCCUUCGUUGUGCAGAGGAAUCUAUUGCAGUAAACUGGAGAAGUGAUGCAUUUUGUCCUUUAUCCUGUGGUAUCAAUGAAGUAUACUCAGAUCAUGUGAGUGGCUGCCAAUCUAACUGUGUCAACAGGGACAGUGAUAAAACAUGUGAAUUACCAUUCACUGAAGGUUGUGCUUGUGAAGAAGGAUACAUACUUAGUGGAAAAGAAUGUGUUAAGUCUGAGGAUUGUGGGUGCAGUAGUGAUGUUGGGUAUAUUGGUCUUGGUGACGAAGUUUUAUCAGCUGACUGUACAAAAAAUUAUAAAUGUAUCCGUAUCAACGGAACAGGAACUCUUAUUGAAGAAACCACAUCUAAAUGUCACGAGAAUGCAGUUUGUCAGCCGAAUGCUGAGGGAGAUCUCUUAUGUAGAUGCAAACCUCAGUAUGAAGGAGAUGGAAUCGUAGAAUGUAAACCAAAAGAAAAAGACUGUACCUUGACAAAAGGUGGUUCAAAUUACAAAGGCAAAACCAGUAUUACAGAGUCCGGCAUUGCCUGUCAAGCAUGGGCAGUAAAAAGUCCCCACAAGCACAAAUUUGACAUUAAACUAAGUGACCAAUCAAAUUUCUGUAGAAAUCCCGACGGUUCUGAUAGACCUUGGUGUUACACGAUAAAGAAGGAAAAGAGAUGGGAAUAUUGUGACAUCCCAAAAUGUGACGUUAAAGAAUGCAAACCUGACAAGAAAGGGACAGAUUAUGAAGGUCACAAGUCAAUUACAACUUCUGGAAUAGAAUGUCAGACUUGGGAAGCAUCUGAACCUCAUAAACACAGAUUUUCGAAGAAACUCGCUAAGGAUAAAAACUACUGCCGUAACCCGGAUGGAUCUAAAGAGCCAUGGUGUUAUACAUCUGAUCCGAAUAAACGUUGGGAAUAUUGUGACAUUCCACUUUGUGAGAUAAAACAAUGUAAAGAUGAUGAUGGAGGAUCUGAUUACAAUGGCCAUCAGAAUACAACUUUAUCUGGUAAAAUAUGCCAAGCUUGGGGAUCCCAGGAACCUCAUCGUCAUGGUAUCAGUAUAUUAGCUGCAGAAAUAAACUACUGUCGUAAUCCGGAUAACUCAAGCAAGCCUUGGUGUUACACACUUGAGAAGGAAACACGUUGGGAGUAUUGUGAUAUUCCACUGUGCUGAAUAGAGAAAAUCCGGAACAGAACAAGAGUGAACUGAAUCAAAAACUUAUAUAUAUAUAUAUUAAACGUAUUUGCAAUCACA